GACCAUAAGACAGAACAAAGAGAAUUGGUUUAUGGCAGUAUAAACGAAACGACAAAAGCAAACUACUCUAAGACGAAACCUCGUCAAAGUUACAAGAGGCGAGGACCAUUCGCCGAUAUUUUUCUAUUCUGCUGUAAGGAAUUUCAAAAGGAUUUUAUUUUUCGUGGACAAAAUGCAAAGAGGCGUAUAGCACGAGAAGUUUGCAGGGAGAGGAAACUUUCUGAUUUUGUUUUUCCAAUUUUACCACAAUGGACUACAUUGGGUUUCAAAUUACUUUUAUGUAUUGACUUUUUAAAACUCAUAUGUUUUAAUGGUUUAUUUUUGCUACCUUUUUGCACACUUAAAUCGCUGUGAACAAGAGGCUCCAUGAAUAUUGUACAUUCACAGAUAUUGGAUUUUGACGGAUUGUGUCUCCCCGUCUCCUGCUUUUGUCAUUUAACGGAUGCCGUCGAUGGUAUUAACCGACCACGGCUCUGACUUUUGAAGUUUUGAAUAAUUCAUGGAAUAGAUUUCUCCUGCCUGAGGGACACUGAAGUAAUAUAAAAGAGGGAGGGGGUUAAUCAAGGAAACACAUUCUUAAGGGUUAACCGGGAUGGCCACGGCGGCUUCCAAUCCCUACCUACCCAGUAGCAGCAUUCUCUCGGCCGGCUCCAUCGUGCACUCGGACUCUGGAGGCGGUGGUAUGCAGCCGGGCAGCGCGGCCGUUACCUCGGUGUCCGGCGGGUACAGGGGCGACCCCACGGUAAAGAUGGUGCAGAGCGACUUCAUGCAGGGAGCCAUGGUGGCGAGCAACGGGAGCCACAUGCUAAGCCAUGCCCACCAGUGGGUGACAUCCCUGCCCCACGCCGCAGCCGCGGCGGCUGCAGCCGCGGUCGCGGCGGCGGAAGCGGGCUCGCCCUGGUCGUCCAGUCCCGUCGGAAUGACAGGAAGUCCCCAGCAGCAGGACGUCAAAAGCAAUUCGGUCAGGGACGAUCUACACACGGGUACUGCGCUGCACCACCGGUCACCGCAUCUGGGGUCUCACCAGACUCACCCGGGGUCUUGGGGCGGCGCAUCGGCGGCGCACAUGUCUUCUAUAGCCGGGCAGCAGCAGCAACAGUCGCUAAUUUACUCGCAGCCGGGCGGGUUCACGGUCAACGGGAUGCUGAGUCCCCCCGGGAAUCAGAGCUUGGUGCACCCGAGUUUGGUGCGCGGGGACACGCCGGAACUCGACCACGGGAGCCAUCACCAGCACCACCAUCACCAGCAUCAGCACCACCAGCCGCCGCACCACGGCGGAGUCGGCGGCCACGACCCGCACUCCGACGAGGACACCCCGACUUCCGACGACCUGGAGCAGUUCGCCAAACAGUUUAAACAGCGACGGAUCAAGCUGGGUUUCACGCAGGCGGACGUCGGCCUGGCUUUGGGGACCCUGUACGGAAACGUAUUUUCUCAGACCACGAUCUGCAGAUUCGAAGCGCUUCAGCUGAGCUUCAAAAACAUGUGCAAGCUGAAGCCCUUGUUAAACAAAUGGCUGGAGGAGGCUGAUUCGUCAACCGGGAGUCCCACGAGCAUCGACAAGAUAGCAGCGCAAGGCAGGAAACGAAAGAAGCGGACCUCCAUCGAAGUGAGCGUAAAGGGGGCUUUGGAAAGCCAUUUCUUGAAAUGCCCCAAGCCCGCGGCCCUGGAGAUCUCGAGUUUAGCGGACAGUUUGCAGCUGGAGAAAGAAGUGGUCCGGGUCUGGUUUUGCAACCGGAGGCAGAAAGAGAAAAGAAUGACGCCCCCCGGGCUGCCGCAGACGCCGGAGGACGUGUACUCUCAGGUCGGCAAUGUGAGUGCAGACACGCCGCCCCCCGCCAUGGAGUGCAAACGAAUGUUCAGUGGUAGAUUACAUAAAAGAUGCAAGUUUAACUGGGCCCAGCGAACCAAGCGACCAGAGGGUGACGUCGACAAGUUCGUUCCAUCAGGUAAUUUUGGCGCACUAAACAGCAUCCACACGAAAACAAAAGCAAGUGUACAAUAUCAGUGCCCUUAUAUCUCUCCCCCCCGUGCUGAAUAUUCCUUAAAAAAUUGUGUCACGAUAAAAGGAAGCGGCAUUUUCUCAAUUAACAAAGAGGGACUACCCAAAGAAAACAAAGGAACAACUAGAAGAGGAGAAGAAUAAGUGAAGCUUUGAACGUGUUUUACGAGGAUUGCAUGGCUCGAUAUUUUUCAAGAAACGGAAUUGAGGUUUUUUCCCCCCCUUGCGCCCUCCCCGCAAGCCUUCGCCGGACUAGUUUGCCCAUCUGUGCCCUUCUCCCCUCGACCCUGUCCCCGUCACCAGAGUAUAGAUCUCAAAGAUCGUUAUUUUUUCUAUUUUGUGGACAAAAACCCCCCCUUUCAGUGGAUUUUUUAAAGGAAAAAGAAAACUUGCAUUUAAACGACUAAAGCUGCACUUACCUGAGAC